CUUUCCUCUUCCAACAACGGCUUACUCGGUCUCCUGUCUGAGCUCCCUGUUUACUACAGUGCACGAUUAGUUCUUUACAUUCGCCUGCCUCGGAUCCGUUUGUGCCACCCCCUGCAUCCCAGCCAGAUAAGCCACUAUGUCACGGGCCUACGAGAACCCAAUCCUCGGAGGCUUCUAUCCAGAUCCGAGCGUUGUGCGAGUGGAAGACACGUUUUAUCUCAUCAACUCGAGUUUUCAAUUCUUCCCAGGUCUGCCAAUUCACAGGUCCAAGGACCUCAUCAACUGGGAACUGAUUGGAAACGCCAUCAAUCGGCCGUCGCAGUUGAGCCUGCAGCAUGCAACAACCAAGACGAACAACUUGGAGCGGCGGGAAGUUUAUAGCGGCGGUAUAUAUGCCCCAACCAUGCGCUUUCACAAUGGCAUCUUCUACAUCGUGUGUACCAACCUAGCUGGUAGCACAUCCAUGGCCCCUGAGGUUGACUUCGAACCCAACCCCAACUUUCUCAUAACCUGCCACGACCUCACCGACCCGACCGCAUUUAGUGACCCUGUACCGUUUGACUUUUAUGGCAUUGAUCCAGACCUCUUUUUCGACGAUGAUGGCAAAGUUUACAUGACCGGCAGCUUCAUCCAUGGCUACCAGAAGAAGCCUCAGACCGUCAUUCGUCAGGCGGAGAUCGAUCUGGCCACAGGUAAGCUCGUAACUGACGCACGAGAUAUAUGGGCAGGCACCGGGGGCAACUGCCCGGAAGGACCUCAUAUCUACAAAAGGCAUGGCUGGUACUACCUAAUGAUCGCCGAGGGAGGAACGCACCGCUGGCACAUGGUCACUAUGGCGCGGUCCAGGGCAGUCACCGGCCCAUUCGAAGGCUGCGAAAAGAACCCGCUACUCACGGCAGUACCGGGCUCUCCCAUAACCUGCGCUGGCCAUGCUGAUCUGGUCCAAGACACAACAGGUAACUGGUGGGCCGUUAUGCUUGCGCGCCGCGAGCUCGGUGCGCACGGCGAUUCUUACCCCCUGGGGCGCGAGACAUAUAUGGUACCCGUGGACUGGCCGGAAGGCGAGUUUCCGACCUUUGAACCUGUAAAACUGCUGCAAUCGGUGCCCGUUUCGCGCGGUGUUGUAGCGGGCAAGCAGCGCAUUUCGGGCCUGGAGAUGCAAGUGCAGCUGGCUUCCCCACGGGUGCUUUAUGUCCGCGAUCACGUUCUGAGCAACUAUUCAUCGGAUGGUACAGCUAUCCUGCUCCGCCUCAGCGACGUUGAGCUAGGCUCCAUGUGCAGCAGUCCGACAUUCGUGGGCGAGCGACAGACGUCUCUAACGUGCACUGUUGACGCUCAGAUCGAUCUGGCUUCAGCUGCUAAGCAUGGUCACGCUGGCCUGGCGGUAUACAAAGAUCCUUUCCGAUACGCAUCCCUCGACGUCAAUCUGGAGGCUAGUCAAGUCGCGUUCAACCUCCGCCACAUUACCCAGGAGCACGCCAUGUUGAGCCUCAAGCCAGUAACAGAAGCAGUGGCAGUAAGGCUGAAAAUCAUAUCUUCUGUCGAUAUUUACACUUUCUUGUACAGCGUUUUAGUGGGCGGUAAAUGGAGCCCUGAGGUUGAACUGGCCACCAUCCCCUGCAAUGACAUGAGUGGAGACGACUUUACAGGGCCUGUCUACGGGAUCUACGCAUCUGGACGCACUGGGGUAGUCAAGUUUGACUCGUUCACGAUCCGAAGUCACUGAAUAUAAGGCUGUAACUAGUUUUGCGAUGCAAUGAAACCUGUUUGAUACCGC